AAGCCUAUGGUUAGCUGGGCUUCCGGCCUGCUUCCUCCUUGCGGAGGCUGUUUCCUGUUUCAACAUUUGCAGGGCGAGGCGGUUCCGCGAUGGCGGCGCUGGGCCUGUCGGCGGUGCAGCAAGUGGCGGUCUCGGUGGUGUUGGUGCUCUGCGCCUUCGUGGUGAUGCCCCGGAUGUUCGGCGGGGCCGGGAGGGCCAACCGCGGGGCCAAGGCCUCCCCCGGUCGCCACGAACCGCAUCAGCACCGCUAUGGUAGACCUGAGAGACUUCUCCAGUCACAAAUGAAAUCAGAAAAUUCUGACACUAAAAUGUAUCAGAGCAUUCAACAAAUGAGGAACGCAAUGGAGAAGGAGUUGAAGACUGAACGAAGUAGAGGGAAUGGCAAAGAUUUUGCUUUAACACUUAUGCCUUUAUAUGCUCUAGGUGUGGGAGUGUUUGCUGUGUACAAGUUCUUAAAGAUGAAAGCUCAAGAAGAAAAAUUAACCAAGAAUGAGAAAAACACAGAAGAUAAGACAAAAGAAACAGAACAGCAGCUAUUGGAGCUGGAGCAACAUCUAGCUCAAACAGAGAAAAUGCUGAAUUCUUUGUUAACUCAGUUAGAUCCACUUUCGAGCUGCAUUAAUGCCUUGGCCUCUGAACAGAAAGAUGAAAUUAUGGUACAACUUGAGUCCAUUAGGAAGUUGAUGAAAGAAAGUGGAUUGGACAAGUCAGCAAUGAAACCACAAGAUAUUAGCCAUACAUGCCAAGAGAAGCUUGAAGAUCUUAUUCAAUCAUUCGGUGAACCUCCUAAAACAGAGAUGAGCGAGGAGAGUGAUGAAAAAUGUGAGCAUGAAGUGUUAUUUGAUGACACUGAGGAACAUGGUGAUGAAGAAGAGCAUGAACACUUGGAUCACGAGUUCUUACUUAAUCUGAUGGAGGAACCAAAGAUGGAAGCUGUUGAAGUAGCUAAUCUAGAUUCAGCAGACAUUGGAUUAAGACGACGUAUUAGAAAUGAAUAAAACAGAUAGAAGUCAGUGAUGAAUUAUUGCACAUCUUAUUAUGCACUUUUAAAUUAUCCUGUAAUAGGUACACAUUUACUGUAAUAUGCUUUGAAAUGAGAUAUUUAUGAAACUUUUCUAUUUAUUUAUAUUAUGCUGAAAGUCCAAUAUGCUAUCGAGUUUUAUCAUAUUUUUACAAUGAUUAAAGUUGAGGAAUGGCAACGAAA